CACACAAGCUAAGAUCCAAAUUAUAUAAGAUAUGUUCAUCAUUAUCUAUUAUCAUUCCAGAAAAAGAAGCACAACCAAUAAUUUAUGUUUCUUUUUAUGAAGUUCCCUCCUUCUUUUUCUUCUCCUUCUCCUUCUUCACUCUUCCGUUUCAUAGUAUUAUUUAUAAUAACAGUUUUGAUUGUGUGUGAAAAAACAAGGGCAGUUGUGAAACUGCCACCAAAUGUUUCAGUUCCUGCAGUGUUGGUGUUUGGAGAUUCGAUCAUGGACACUGGCAAUAACAACAACAAUUUAGCAACAACAGCAAGGUGCAAUUACCCACCAUAUGGUAAAGAUUUUAAGGGAGGGAUCCCUACUGGGAGAUUCAGUAAUGGAAAGGUUCCAUCUGACCUUAUAGUUGAAGAACUGGGCAUAAAAGAGCUUCUUCCACCGUACGUGGAUUCAAAGCUCGAACCCGGUGAAUUGGCGACUGGUGUGUGCUUUGCAUCUGGUGGCGCAGGAUACGACCCUUUCACAGCACAAUCAUCGUUUACCAUAUCAUUAUCGGGUCAACUAGGGUUGUUCAGAGAAUACAUAGGGAAGUUGAAAGCGGCGGUCGGAGAAGAGAGAACCAAGUUCAUCUUAAGAAACACUCUUUAUAUUGUGGUAUUAGGAAGCAACGACAUUUCCAACACAUACUUUUUGACCCGUGUUAGACAACUGCAGUACCCUAAUUUUUCUGCAUAUGCUGAUUUUAUGCUCUCCUCAGCUUCUACUUUCUUCAAGGAAAUAUAUGGAGAAGGAGCACGGAGGAUUGCAGUGUUCAGUGUGCCGCCACUUGGGUACUUGCCAUCUCAGAGAACGAUCGGAGGAGGAAUACGAAGAGACGUUGUAGUGAAGAUAAACGACGCCGUACAGAUCUUUAACACCAAAUUGUCAAAGCAACUCGAGUCUCUCAAUCACGAGCUUCCAGAUAGCAGAAUGGUGUACGUUGAUGUUUACAAUCCUCUCCUUGACAUCAUAGUCAACUACCAAAAAUAUGGGUAUAAAGUGGGAGACAGGGGGUGUUGUGGCACAGGGACAAUAGAAGUGGUAUUACUAUGCAAUCGUUUCACUCCAUUAUGCUCUAACGAUUUGGAGUAUGUGUUUUGGGACAGUUUUCACCCAACUGAAAGUGUUUAUAAAAAGCUUAUAAGCCCUGUUAUUGGAAAAUAUUUGAACAAGUUCUUGUGAGCAACACUUACACUAUUACCAAAUUCAUUGCUUAAAACCAAAAGUUGUAAACAUAUAUAGGUUUACAAUACAAAGUUGUAUCACAUUCUUUA